AAUAGAUAGAUAAAGAUCAGUCCUACUGGAGGAAAGAUCAUUAACUAAGAUCACUUUACUUUGUAUCGUGUUAACUUUAUUAAAAUUUGAAUCGUUUUCCUUCCAAUGGCAGCACGUAAGGAGAAAGUUGGCAUAAUUGGCAGUGGCCUUAUUGGGCGUAGCUUUGCUAUGCUUUUCGCUGCCGCCGAAUAUGAGGUCUGGCUGUAUGAUAUAGAGAAGUCGCAACUUUCUAGUGCAGUUAAUGAAAUAAAAGCACAACUGAAAGAGCUACAGGGUCUCCAACUACUCCGAGGAUCCCUGACUGCAGAACAACAGUUUAACAAUAUCAAUACGACAGACGAUAUUGAGCAAUGUGUGAAGAAUGCCGUUUAUGUACAUGAAUGUGUUCCAGAGCGUAUUGAAUUGAAGACUGCAGUUUAUGCCAAAGUGGAUAAAUUACUGAAUGAUACUUGUAUACUAGCCUCGUCCGCUAGCGCCUUAUUGCCGUCCAAACUAGCAGCAAACAUUCAACACAAGAAUAGAUUCAUCGUUGUACAUCCGACAAAUCCUCCAUUUUAUGCGCCACUUGUUGAAUUGAUUCCCAGCCCAUGGGCAGAUUCCGACGUGGUUCCGACAACAAAAUCCAUUAUGGAAAAACUAGGCCAGGUACCAGUAAUAUUGAAGAAGGAAAUAGAUGGAUUUGUCCUGAAUAGAAUUCAAUAUGCCAUCAUGAAAGAGAGCUGGAGGCUCAUAAAAGAUGGUAUAAUAGACGUAGAAGGUUUAGACAAGGUUAUGAGUGCAGGAUUAGGACGGAGAUAUGCUUUCAUGGGACCAAUAGAAACAGCUUACCUCAAUGCUGACGGGAUGUACAGUUACUCAGAACGCUACGCCACGAUGAUCGAAGGUGUUAUGGCCACAUUCAGAGAGCCAGAUAAGUUUGAUGGACCAGUCCUGGAUCAAAUCCAGUCCGAGAUGGAACAGCUGGUUCCUAUGGAUACGUUACAAGCCCGCAGAAACUGGAGAGACAAGCGUCUAGCAGCCCUUGCUCAGUUACAGAAAAGAAUGGACAAUGAAGAUGAGAAAAAAUGAACUGAUAAUAGUAUGAUAAAACUAGAUAACGUUAAUUAAAAGAAAAGUUGCU